AGUUGCAGCAUGGAUAGCUCCAUGGUUGCAGUGUGCUGGUAGUCUCACUAUACAGAUGUCGUGUAUAUCUGUUCUCAUUUCAAUUUUCUCAACAACGGACUGUCAGUAUGUAUCCCACAAGUGUUAUAAAUGCUCUCAUCAUAGCACUUAUUGGUGUUUUGGUCUAUCUUCUUCCAGCUGUGUUUGAACCACUGCAAUUUCAAUUGAAAAGUCCUCCUUACCUUGGUGAUACUCUGCCUGUAAAUAACCAUCUUGAAAAUUCGGAUAAAAUUCUUGAGAAUCGGCUUCUCGGUCCAGAGUCCCUGGCUUUCAAAGAUGGUAUCAUCUACAGUGGUACCGCCGAUGGAAAGAUCAUAAAAAUCAGCCCAAAUAUGGAGUUAACCUCCCUGGUUUCACUUGGCCCUUUAAAUUGUGUAAAUGAAACUGAAUGUGGUCGUCCGCUUGGUCUACGGUUCACUCAGGAUGGAUUAUUGUAUGUCAUUGAUGCAUAUCUGGGCCUAUUCCAAAUUAAUACAUCAACAGGUGAGAGUACUAAUUUAGUAGCAAGAGAUACAAUAGUGGAUGGCAAGCCUAUUCUAUUUUUCAAUGACCUGACUGUUGGUUCUGAUGGCAUCAUCUAUUUCACGCAUAGUAGCACGAGAUGGCAUAGAUUUCAACAUCUCUCUCUUGCUAUGGAAGGAAAUAAUGAUUCAAGACUACUUCAGUAUAACCCGUCAUCCGGGGAAGUUUCUAUUCUUAUCGAUGGUUUAGCGUUGGCUAAUGGGGUACAACUAUCAAAGGAUGAAAGUUUCUUAUUGGUGGCUGAAGGAGGAAGAAUGAGAAUACAUCGGUACUUCCUAACUGGUUCUCGCCAAGGAGAAAGGGAACUAUUUGCUGAUAAUCUACCGGGUUUUGCGGAUAAUAUUCGUCCAAGUUCGGAUGGGGGGUUUUGGGUAGCCUUUCCUACCAUAAGACGACGGUGUCUCUAUGAUGUCUUUGCUCCAAGACCAUGGCUUAGAAAGCUUCUUGUUAAGUUUUUGAGCCCCGAUUUCAUUAUUCAUUCUACCACCAAGCCUUAUGGUCUGAUCAUGGAGUUUGCCGAGGAUGGUCACAUCAUACAGAGGUUAGAUGAUCCUACCGGUGCUGUAGUUCCUUACAUCAGUGAGGUUCUUGAUACCGGAAAUGCCUUAUACCUAGGAUCAUAUACUUCUCCCUUCUUGGCUAAGAUACAUUUACCAUGAAUUGCUUUUUUUUUUUAGUUAGCCCAUUGUACCAGUAAUUCAUGAAAGCUUUAGAGCAUCCAUUAUUACACUGCAAUAAAGUCUGCAUAAGACAAAUCAUCGCUCAAAUUGGAGUACCUUUUCAUACCAGAAUAUGUAAAAAUGUGAUAUUUACUCUUAUUUGCUAAUGUCUAAUGGAUUUCUGUGGUUUCAAGAGCUUUGAAUUAAGUAGAUUCACAUGUAUAUCCCCAGAAUUGUGACAAAUAUACAUGAAUGUUAAAAAUUUAUGGAAUAUUCAAAUACAAAAUUACAAUGUAACUUGAAAUUCUUUUUAAUUUGUACUAUUUGGAUGCUGGCCUAUCAAAAUAAUUAGUAUUGUUUCAUUUGUUCAAAUAAAACUUGAAUUUGUUCAAAUGAAAUUUGAAUGUUCAAAUUUAUGGAUGAAAAGUAGUGUGGUGAUUUCACCACUGACUCAGAUGAGCCUAAGAAAAUCAGAUUUACCUGAAAAGAAUCAUUCAAGUUUGAUGUUGGAGCUUUUGUUUUACUGUUGGAAGCACAAUACCUUCCCUAGCUCUAACACCUCAUCUGAGUGAAUCAAAAUCACAUUUAUAGCUCAAAACCAAAUAAGAUUCAUCAUCUCAAGACCUAAUUCAUUUUGGCCCGAAUUCACAAAGGUGGUUUUUAAAACUGUUGAACCCAUGGUUUAUGCAGGUUUUCUGUCUAAAUUACGCUUAUUAAUCGCGUAUAUUAAAAAAUGUCCAAUGCUGAUUUCCACUUUUAUCACAGUGCACCAAAUUGAUGCCUGUUGCCGUAGUUAUCCACACUAUUUUAUUCACGAAUCCACUGUUUUGAAUUAAUGAGUCCACUCUUCAAACAUUGGACUCAUGAAUAAAAUAGUGUACUUAACCAUGGCAACAGGCAUCUAUAUGGGGCACUGUUAAAAGCGCGCAUCAGCAAUGGACAUUUUUUUGAUAUACAUGGUAAAUAAGUGUAAUUUAUACAGCAAAUCUGCAUAAACGAAUGGUUUUAAAAACCACCUUGGUGAAUUUGGGCCUUCAAGUUUAGAACGAAGCUGAUACAUGAAUUGUAAACAAAUACAAAACCAAACUUGAAAUCAGUAAUGUAUCCAAUCUUUACAAUUGUUUGAUUUUAUGGAAUAUUAAAAUACAAUAUAACAAUUUUAUUGUAAAAUUUUGGUUGUCAAUUUUUUUAAUAUGUGGAUGGUGUCUUAUGAAAAUAAUUGAGAAAUAUUCAAGUCUAUGUAUCAGAGGUGAUUUAGAGAUAUUAAGAUAUGUUAUGCAGCGGGGGGGGGGGCAGUUGCCCCCCAGAAAUUUUGAAAACUUACAUAUUUUCACAAAACUCACCAAAAGUAUGCAUGGAAUCCUUCUUAAUUUCACUUUACAAAAUGCCAAAGCGCCUCAAUGACAAGCUCGGUCACUUCGGUCCCUUGCUCUCGACUUUUUUUUCAAAAAAAUUAAUGCGUGCUGUCCCCCCCUGCGGAAAAUUUCUGCGUAUGGCCAUGAGCCACAGUAAUAGUGCAUGCUACACAUGACUCUUGGUAUGGGAGUGAUUCAACAUGGAAAAAUUUAUAGAUGCAAUAAUUCACUAUUGAUAUUUCCAACCCUCAAUUCUCUAACUUGAGUAUUAAAACAUUAACCCUUUUCCCCAUCUGCUGAAAAAAGGAGAAAGAACAACCUAAUGUGAUUUAUCAAUAAGUUUUAUUUUAUUUACAACAUUCACACCAGCAAUAAAUCCAGGAUAUUGUAGGAAGUACAGUCAACCAGAGAAUACAUAAGAGAAAAUAUACAUGUAUAUGACAAAAUAUAUAAUGAAACCUGUCUACAAGGUCACCUUCACACAAGAAAAGUGGUCUUUAUGAGCAGGUUAAUAUCAUACCUGUUUCAUGGAGAAUACUACUUAAGGGAUACCAAACCUGUUAUCUGUAUAGACAUGUGUUCUUUCUAAGCAGGUAGUCAUUAUAGCAGGUUUGAGUCUUGAAUUUAACUAUUCUGAACACCAGCAACUAUGGUAAAUAACGAAACCUGGGGCCAGUCUUACAAAUAGUUGCGAUUGAUCCAAUCAAUCGCAACUAUGGAAAGCCAGCAAAGUCGACAUAUAGAAUGCAUGUUUGUUCAAAAGAUUUUCUAGAUAAGAAUGUAUAUAAAAACUAUAUAUCCAUGAAUUCAUUGAUUUCUGGACAAUUUGGUGUGUUCUCCUGUGUUUAGAAAGAACAUUUUGCAAAUUUCCUGUAGAAAAAAUUAUGGCACUGAUGGAUUUCCAUAGAGUUACGAUUGAUUGGAUCAAUUGUGACUCUUUGUAAGACGGGGCCCAGGAGAAUCAAUGAUGAUUGCAAUGGAUUGAUAUUAUGGAGAAUUACAAUAGAAAAAAAAUUUAUUAUUCAUAAAAUUCUGUACAAAAGCCA